AUGACUCAGUUUUGCACUGUAAUAGGAAGUAUUGAAUUUUCUUGGAAUUGAACACGCAUAGAGAAAAGAUGCACUGAGCAAUGAGUUGCCUGAAAGUUUCCUUUGUUCCAUUAGCGUUUAUUUUCAUUUUAUACAAUUGUUACGAAUUUUAAUGAUGUGGAUUUUCCCUAUCUGUAGUCCCCCCUUUUCCUGCCAUCAUUGCAGGAUGUAAGUUUGUUUUCAUUAGUAACAGCCGCUGGUCGCGCCUUGUCCACUUGAAUAAAGUUGUUGUCACGCCUCCUGCAUUAAAGAAGGCAGGUCAUAUCGCUCCCUGAUCUCCGCUCUAAAGCUUGGCCGCCGGCACUGUUUAUACUGACAAUGUGCGCAAUUGAGCAGUAAAGCACACAACCAUGGGAACCGGAGAAGUAAUAAGUGAUAUUCAUUAUUAUUUUGAGGGUACAUCACAAGAGGACUUUUCGCUUUGAUACCCUGUGCAUAUUGAAGCCUUGAUCGUCUUUUUCUUUUCUUUUUUUUUCUUUUUACCCCACCUUUCACUCAACAAGGGAAUAUUUGAUUGUCAAAGGCUCAAAGAGAAACUUGUUUCAGCGGUUUCUUGGAUUGACUCUCCGAGCAGUAAUGGCCACUGCCAGGCUUGAUUAUGUUGCUCCGUGGUGGACAUACUGGCUGCACAAUUUCCCACACUUCAAUUUCUUAUUCCAGUCGGUCGACAGCACUUUCAAGCCGGAGGAGGCGAGCUAUCAGCAGUCUCUGGUACUUCUAGCAUGUGCUGGUGCCAUUGGUCUUGGACUGAGCCUGCUGGUUCUGGCAGUGUACCUGGUGUGUUUGUGUUGCCGUAAAGACCUUGAUGAAGACACCAAAAAGCCUGACACCUGCUGUGUCACCUUGGUUGCUGUCGUCGCAGGUCUCAUCAUAUGCUCUGCUGUAGGAGUGGGUUUCUAUGGGAACAGUGAGACCAAUGAUGGGGUCUACCAGCUGACCUACUCGCUUUACAAUGCCAAUCACACACUGAGUGGCAUCAACAGUCUGGUUGCAGGAUCUCAGAACAGUGUGGACACUGGGCUCAAACAGCACCUGGAGCGCUUAGAUGAGAUCUUUGCCACAAGGCCCGACUACCUCCAGACUUUGCGCUUCAUGCAACUGAUGGUCAGCAAUGUCAUCCGUGAGCUCACCGCUCUGCCAGACAUCAACAAAACUAAACUUGACUUGGCAGCCAUUGCAGACCAAACAGCCAACAUUGAAUAUUACAGAUGGCUGACUUAUCUGCUGCUGCUGAUCCUGGAUUUGGUCAUUUGUUUGGCCAUGUGCUUAGGAAUGGCCAAGCAGUCUCAGUGUCUGUUUAUCACGAUCAUGUGUUUUAUUAUACUGUCUUUGAUCCUGAGCUGGGGCUCACUGGGAACUGGCACUGCUACAGCUGUGGGCGCUAGUGACUUUUGUGUUGCUCCAGACAAGUUCAUUGUUAACCAAACUAAGGAUUUCAUCAGUGCAGAUGUUGCACACUAUUAUUUGUUCUGCAGUCCAAAUCUGCCAAACCCCUUCCAUCAGUCACUGACAAUCUGUCAGCGUUCUUUGACCACUAUGCAAAUCCAGAUUCAGGGCUUGCUGCAGUUCUCUGUGACACUUUUCCCCACUGCUCAGAGAGACCUUUUAGGGAUCCAGCGGCUGUUAAACUCCACAGAGCUCAAUCUUAACCAGCUAACAGCCUUGCUGGACUGCCGUGGGCUGCAUAAGGACUAUCUGGAUGCCCUAAUGGGUGUGUGCUAUGAUGGAGUGGAAGGGCUACUCUACCUCUCUUUGUUUUCUCUUCUGGCUGCCUGUGCACUCUCUGCCAUGCUGUGUGUAAAUUUCCGAGUUUGGACAUUAAUGCGAAGCAGGGAAAAAGACUAUGAUGACAUUGAUGAGGAAGACCCGUUCAACCCUCAAGGACGGAGGUUAUCAUAUAACCCAAGAAGGUCCAACACACACAGUUUCUGCAGCUAUAUGAGCAGCCUUGGCAGCCAGGCCAGCCUUCAUCCACCUCCUCAAUCUGCUUCUAAUUCCACCAUCCCACCUCCUGAAUACAUGAAUCAGUCCAUGCUGUUUGGAGGGACCCCUCGAUAUGAGAAUGUGCCACUGAUAGGGAGAGGAUCCCCACCUCCCUCGUAUUCACCAAGUAUGAGGACCACCUAUCUGUCUAUGACUGAUGCUCAGAUCAGACACUUUGGGACUGACUUCCAGGUGUAGCCUGCUACAUACUGAACCCUUCUCAGUGCUUCUGACUGAGACUCUGAGCUCCUACCGAGAAGGCUGUCUUCAUGGCAUAAUCCUGUUUACGGGAGCGACAGCCUGUCGUCCAAUCUGAGACAUGAAAGUGGGCCAUAUGAGGCAAUUACUUCAAAAACACAUCAGUGCAGUGCUUGGUAAAUCCCAAAUGCAGUUUUAAACAGAGGGUCUAUUCAGAUCCAUCUUAAGAUUGUUGUUGUUAUAUUUCAUGGAAAUACUGUUGCACAAAAUAAAAACAUUUAUAUGAUCCUAAUUCAUAGCCUUUCAACUGAAAUGAUCUAACAAUAUUUAUUGCUUUAGCCAAUGGUCUGGUGGCAUGUAUAAAUAUGAUCAUUGGUCAGUAUUUUCAUUUUAAUAUUAAGGGAGUGGAAGAAAAAGACUCUGUUUUGCUAGCAGAUCCUGUUACUUUUUUCCAUUGGUGUAAUAUAAAAUGAAACACCACUUUUACAUCUUUUCUACAUGAUAACUGAAUGUAUUAAAAAUUAUAUCAAAUAAUAUGAUUUUGUUUUGAACAGCCAAAGAUGCCUUUCAGGAUGAGUCAGAUAGACAUAAUUGAGGUGUUUUAUGCCAGAUUUGGGGAUGCUUUUGCAUGUAGGAAGUUCUUCCUGAGAAUAUUAAUAAGAACACACCUAUUAUUAAGAACAAGACAUGUGUGUGAUGUGACUAAUUCACAACAACAAAGGCAAAACAUAAACAACAGUGAAUCUUAAUAAAUGCUGUGUUGAAAUGAUAUUUUGUUUAGAAACUACUGAAACAUUUAAAGGACCAGUGCUACUAGUGACUGAUGAUAAAUAUAAACAGAAUAUGCAGAAAUGUGAUAUUCUAUUUCAGGUAUUUAGCCACUGUAAGUCUUUAAAUUGUUGCAAAUCUGCUAUAUACUGUUUUUAAUAUGUUGUAAAAUGUAUCAAAAUAAACUGAAGUUCAAC